AUGGACGAUGUUAAACGCGCAAAGAUAACUCGACCCGCUCAACGAGCCCAAGCAACAAAGACGUGGAAUAAAGCAGAAACGUUAAUGAAUGACGAGAUCAACGAAACCAACAUUCAACGACUACAAGUUGUGCUACAGACAUUCGACACGAAAAUCGAACAAUUGAAAAAGCUCGACGAGAAUAUAUCGUGUAAAAUCGAGACCGAGAAAGAACUGGAAAGCGAGAUCGUGGAAGCAGACGACUAUCUAAGUGAGCUAAUGGAUAAAAGGUACCGAAUACAAUUUUUUACAAGUGCUAAUCAAGCCACUACGGCAAGUCCUAACAACACGCUGUCUGCCGCGGCGGCGCAAAACUAUAGUCAAGGAGAACAAUUGGCCUCUCAAGGUCACACUUACUCGCCGCAAUUGAACAAUUCGAGUGCGCAUAGAUUACCUAAGUUAGCCCUGCCGAUAUUCAAUGGGAAUCCACUAAAAUGGCAAACGUUUUGGGACUCGUACAAAGCCGCAGUUCAUGAUAAUAAAUCUCUAUGUGACAUACAAAGAUUCAAUUAUUUAAAAGCGCAUCUGGCGGAAGAAGCGGUUAGAUCAAUCGAGGGUUUACCACUAACAGACACAAACCACGCACAGUCCGUCAAGACAAUAGAAGAAAGAUUUGGUCAACCACAUAAAAUCACAAACGCACACAUGCAAGCAUUGUUAGACCUCCCUAAUCCAUCUGAGUCCGUAACUAGUUUACGUGGGUUUUACGACCGCAUGGAAAAUCACGUCCGAAGCCUUGAAGCUUUGGGGAAAACACAAGACUCCUACGGUGAUCUCCUAGUGCCCGUUAUGUUGAGCAAGCUUCCGACCACUGUAAAACACAAUCUUAUUCGAGAACAUGGAACCACGGACUUGAGUUUAGAACAAUUGCGCAAAGCUAUUUCGAAGGAAAUCCUUAUACUCGAGGCAGGUGAAGAGACAAAUAAACUUAACAAUUUAAGUCAGUCACCUGAUACCCUCCCUUCCAUCUCCAGUUUAUUAACGAACACUAGCAGAUAUAAAAACCUUGGGGGGAAUUUCAGUAACUCAAAGUUUAAAACACCACCUAACCCCUCCAAACCGAAGGCGUGUACUUUCUGUAAUGGAUCUCACAAACCGAACGACUGUACGGUAGUAAGUGAUCCUGCUGCACGAAAACAAAUUACGUUUCAGGCGAACUUGUGUUUCAACUGCCUUAAUAACCAUCGCGUGUCACAGUGCAAAUCCAAAAACCGCUGCAGACAAUGUCACCAAAAACACCAUACAAGCCUUUGUGUAGGGAAUAAGGAGCGCCCAGAACAACAAAAACCUGAUCCAAACGCGCGUCAAAACAUCAAAGACAAGGACAGAAACGUGCAAUGUAUGUGUACCAACGGCGGCGACGUAGCUCAAACAACCAACACAAGCGAACAAACAUCUGGUAACAACACCACAUCAGCAUCCGUUACGAACCUUCAUACCAACCUAUCCGACAACAACUACUCCCACCGAUGUACCUUACUGAAAACAGCAAUAGAUUACUUCUUAAUGCAGAUAAAUGUAAAGAACUCCAAAUCGACUUUAAAUCCACGAAACAGAACUUCGACCCUCUUACAGUAUACGGGAAGAAAUUGCCGGUUGUCCAAAACGCUAAAAUUCUAGGCCUCACCAUCUCUAGUAACCUUAAAUGGACUAACCACAUUAACGAAGUCAUCAAAAAAGCUAACAAACGUCUUUACUUCAUUAUCUUACUUAAGCGCGCAAAAGUCAGUCCGAAAGACAUUGUAAACUUUUACUGUACAGUUAUCAGGCCCAUUUUGGAAUAUUGUGCCCCGGUUUUCCAUUACUCAAUCCCAUCCUUCCUGUCAGAAGAUCUUGAGAUGGUACAAAAGCGAGCACUGAAGAUCAUUUUACCCGCGAACUCAUAUAGCGAAACUUUAGAAUAUUUCAAUCUUCAAACUUUAUUCCAAAGACGCGAAGAAAUGUGUAACAAACUUUUUACAAAUAUUACUAACAAUCCGACACACAAACUGCAUAAUUUACUGCCUCCCAAACAUGAGUCGGUUUACCAACUUAGGAACAAUAGACUGUUUGAACGAUUCGAAACUAAUACAGAAAGAUUUAAAAAACUUUUAUUCCUAUGUCUAGUAACUUAAGUUAAUGUAAUUUUUAGUACUAAGCGUUUUAAUGACCAUUUGUAAAUAUGCCUAAUUAACCCAUAUUCUAUCUUUUAAAUAAUGUAUUAUAUAAUCUUGUAAAUCACGCAAUUCAGCUGUCCAGCUGCAAGGUGAAUUUUAAAUACACUAUCUAUCUAUCUAUCUAUCCCACCGUACAAUCCCGAAACAGAGCCGCAACCGCACACAUCCUGUUCGAUGAAGGUGCCCAACGUUCUUUCAUAACUGAAGAAUUAGCAAACAAUCUCAACCUCGUGCCAGAAAGGACAGAACCUUUACACCUAUCAGUCUUCGGUGGUGCCCAGACAUCAGUGAAAAGAGUCGAUAUCGCAACCGUACAUCUACAAACAGACACUGGUGGAAUUAUCCCAAUCCAAGUAGUAAUCCUCCCAGUGAUUGCUAUACCACAAAAGAACCAUAUGACCACUGACAUAUACAACCUACCUUACCUCAAGAACCUCAAGCUAGCUCAUCCCGUCACCAGCGAUGACCAAUUCGAGAUCUCUCUCUUCAUUGGUGCAGACCACUAUUGGGACGUUGUAGAAGACAAGAUUGUUCGGGGAUCUGGACCUACUGCCGCCAAGUCAAAGAUUGGCUACCCACUGUCUGGACCAACUGCCAUUCCCUACCCACCAUCAGAACUCACCGCUACAGUCCUCAAGGCCAUCGUUGCGACAGAACGGGAAGAAGAAAUGUUAGAACGGUUCUGGAACUUGGAAUCCAUAGGCAUUUUACCUGAUGAAACCGAGAAAAAAGAAAGAGAGUUCGUUGAAGACUACCAAAAUUCCUCAAUUCCUCUUGAAAAUGGACACUAUAAUGCUAUGUUGCCUUGGAAACCUAAUCACCCACCACUUCCUACAAAUGAAGCAAUAGCAAAAGGACGAACCCGCUCCACAGUACGACGGCUUGCCACAGACCCCGAAAAGCUGAAAGCAUACAACCAAAUCAUCACCGAACAACAACAACGUGGAUUUAUCGAGAAAAUCCCCGAUUCCGAAAAGAUCCGAAGCAGAUGUCACUACCUUCCACACCAUGCUAUCUUGAAAGACUCCUCCACCACUCCACUUCAUGUCGUCUUUGACUGCAGCUGCAAGACAAACGAUAGUCAACCAAGCUUGAAUGAUUGUUUAGCUACUGGUCCUCCACUCUUAAACGAUCUCACCGCGAUCCUCAUUCGAUUCCGCUGCUUUCGGUAUGCCUUGACUGCUGAUAUCGAGAAGGCAUUUCUCCACAUAAUUCCGGACGAGGAAGAUCGGGAUGCCACACGAUUUUUCUGGAUAUCGGACCCAAAGGACCCGGAAAGUCCAUUUGACGUCUAUCGUUUUAAGUCCAUCCUAUUUGGUGCGUCGCGUUCACCGUUUAUCCUAAAUGUGACCCUCAAGAAACAUCUCGAAAGUAUUCACAGCCCAGUCUCUGAGAAAAUGAAGACCGAUAUUUAUGUUGAUAACCUCGCCACUGGCUCUGACAGUGAAUAUGAAGCAUCUACGUUUCUUGAAAGAUCAAGGCUGAUAAUGUCACCUGUGGGCUUUAAUCUAAGAGCGUGGAAUUCUAACAACCCCACGGUUCGUGCAUCAGCCGCGGACCAAGGCCUUCAAGACAAAGAUCCAGAAACAAAGGUACUCGGGCUUCGAUGGAAUCCUAACACUGAUACACUCCAGUUUCAGCAACGGCAACCACCUAACGACGCCAACAAUAGCAUCACAAAAAGAGAAGUUCUCCGCGAAUCCUCCAAGAUUUACGACCCACUUGGCAUCCUAACUCCAGUAACCAUUCGAGCCAAGAUACUUAUACAAGAACUGUGGAAAGAAGGGUACAGUUGGGACGAAUCUUUACCACAAGAGCUCCAAGAAAAAUGGUUGGCACUCUCUAAGGAUUUGCAAACCGCCACACAAACCGAAAUUCCUCGCCGUUACUUCCCCUCUUCAUCAACAUGGCCACCUAGCACUUCCCUCCACGUAUUUGUCGACGCCAGUGUUAAAGCAUAUGGAGCAGCUGCUUGUAUCACUUAUGGUUCCGAAACAUCAUUGGUUUUGGCCAAAUCCCGAGUUGCGCCUCUCAAGAAACUUACCUUACCACAGCUCGAGUUAAUGGCAGCUGUACUUGUUGCAAGACUGUCUUCAUACCUCCAAGCCCAUUUAAAAGCGUCCGACGUUUACCUCUGGUCGGAUAGUCAAAUAGUCCUCCACUGAUUGUCCUCUAAGAAAGAAUUGAAGCGAUUCGUCCACAACCGCGCCACCGAAAUCCAGUCGUUCACAGAAACUGCCUCAUGGAACUAUUGUCCAACUGGGGAUAACCCCGCUGAUCUCCUAACCAGAGGAAUGCAGACUAGUGAACUAUCCACAUCCACUCUCUGGUCUCGUGGACCUUCGUGGCUAAAUACAAAGAAGAACUGGCCCAGCUGGAACUCCAAAUCUGUUCUCCUCCAGUCCACUGCAGCAGAACAACUCGAAGCCAUCUCCACCUUUACUAGUGAACCAACAAACAACCCAACUAACGCACCUGAACCUAGACAUGGAGUUGCCAAAAUUAUCAAUCUGUCUGCUUAUAGUAACCUCCAUAAGCUAGUACGAGUCACAGCGUGGGUUCUACGCUUCGUCGAUAACCUGAAGAAGAGAACUCAUUCUGGUCCAUUAUCUGUCACUGAACUAGAUUCUGCUCUAAUGUUUUGGAUUGUUGAUUGUCAAUCUGUUGUGUAUUCAAACGAACUUGUCAACCUACAGUCGAAGACAUCUAACCGAUCAUCAUUGGUCAGACAACUUCGUCUAUUUCUCGCCGAAGGCAUCAUCCGCUGUGGUGGAAGAAUACAUAAUGCUCCUCUUCAAGAAUCUGCUAAGUUCCCCAUUCUCCUCCCAAGAAACCAUCAUCUUACACAGUUGAUUGUGGAGGAUGCACACAGAGCAACCCUUCACUCUGGACAAACUCUACCCUUACCCACCUCCGUCAAAGAUAUUGGAUACCUGCUGCCAGACAAUACAUUAAGAAGAUCAUCCGUCGUUGUGUAACGUGCCUCAAAACUACAGGCAAACCAUACACGGUACCAGACCCACCACCACUUCCAACAACUCGAACAAAUGAUUCAUCCCCAUUCACCAUUACUGGGGUCGAUUUUACAGGCGAAAUCUACGUGAAAUCAACCAACGGUCGAUCGAAGGUGUAUAUUUGCCUGUUCACUUGUGCAAGUACUCGUGCUGUUCACCUUGAAGUCGUGACCGACCUAACAGUUCCGACCUUUAUUGAAGCUUUCCGUCGAUUCGCAAGUUGCACGUCACUGCCAAAAGUUUUGAUCUCUGACAACGCCUCCACCUACCAGUCCGCUGCAGAAGAGUUGUUGAAGCUCCUGAAAUCCCCACUCCUCGAGACAAUGGAGAUUCAUCCCCAAACGUGCUCCAUGGUACGGUGGAUUUUGGGAACGACUCAUCGGUCUGACGAAGAUUACCCUUAAAAGAGUCUUGGGAAGAGCCUCUGUUCAGCUGUCCGAACUUCAAACGAUUGUUGUGGAAAUUGAAGCAAUACUAAACGACCGUCCACUUACAUUCGUCUCCUCCAACAUCGAAGACGAACAACCCUUGACACCUUCCCAUCUACUCUAUGGUCGCAGAAUAACGGCAUUACCCCACCCACUGAGAGAAGAAGAGGAAUGGUCUGAUCCCACCUUCAACGAAGACCCCACACUUGUACAACACCUUGCGAAUAUUAGAGCUAACCUCAUUCAUCAUUUCUGGAAUCGUUGGCGACACGAGUAUUUAACUUCCCUUCGAGAAUUUCAUAAGGCAAGUGGAAAAAACGAGAUUACCACAAAAAUUGGUGACGUUGUACAAGUCCAUGAUGAUACGAAACGUAUCAACUGGAGAUUAGCUGUGGUUGAAAGUCUCAUCACUGGCAAUGAUGGAUUGGUUCGAGCAGCCAACAUCAGAACCAGUACCGGCCGUACUAACCGUCCAAUUGCCAAACUGUAUCCAUUAGAGGUUAGAGCUACAACCUCCUUUGGUAUUUGUCCCACAACUGACGAACCAAGUGACGAGAAAGAUCAACCAUCCGAGAACCCGCCACAGAGAGAGAAACGAUCAGCAGCAGUAGCAGCAAAGAAGAAAAAUGAAGGCUGGACAUCCUCAUUGUUGUGCCCCCCGGAGGAUGUCGUGAAAUAG